CGUGGCAGACAAUCACAAAAUUCAAUACUCGCAUCUUUGCGGACAUGCGUGAUGGCGCCAUCAAGACGUCGAGUUGGCCCGUUUGGUGAAUGCCUCAACUGCGCGGGCCUCGACUUCUACGACAUAUUCGGGUUCGGGUCUUCCGACCUGAUUGACCCUCUUUCUCUGCGGGACGCUUUGGCGAAUGCUGAAGUUUGUGCAUUCUGUCGUUUGCUCGUCCGGACGGCACGGCAAUAUGUCGCUCCUCAUAAUAUUGUUGACCACCGAGACGGGAUGCUUGUUACGUUCGCCUUCUCUCUGGGCUACUUCCAGGUCACGCCCUCAGACAUAGGAAGUCGCUAUUUGUGCUCCAUCAUCUCCCCGCCGCCGUGGCCGUUGGAUACAUCGAGGACGCUUGCAUUCAGCCUCAUCCCAAUCUCCAACACAGUGCCAGAUUCCCUGUACAACCAGCUCGAACAGGACAAGAUUGAUCUCGGUACCUGCGGCAAAUGGAUCGCUAGCUGCGAGAGUGGGCACGCGAACGACUGCGGUGCCUUUUCUGGACCUUUACGACUUGGUCCAGAAACGACACUUCGUCUCAUCGACGCCGUGGAUGAGUGCGUCGUAGUUGCGCCGCCUGAUGCUCGAUACGUCACUCUAAGCUACGUAUGGGGCCAGGUCCAGCUGCUGGAGCUGAACAGUAGCAACGCACCAGUUCUGGCGCAGAAGGGCAGCCUCUUCUCUCAGGAAACCCGCGUUGCCCAAACCAUCGUCGACGCCACCACGGUAGUAAGGGCCCUUGGCGAGAGAUAUCUCUGGGCCGACCAGCUCUGCAUCAUCCAGGACGCUCCCGAAAAGGCUCUCCAGAUCAAGGCCAUGGACAAGAUCUACGGCGGUGCCUUGCUCACCAUCGUUGCUGCGGACGGGGACAACGCCGAUGCCGGUCUCCCUGGGGUCCGGCCCGGGACCAGAGGCCGGAACAUCACUCAGAUUCGCGAGGAAAUUUGGCCUGGCCUUGUUGCCGCCGCCACCAUUGACCCUCCUCCCGAUCCAGCCGGUUCGGUCUGGGGCUCUCGAGGAUGGACUUUUCAGGAGCAGCUGCUAUCCAACCGCUUGCUUCUGUUCUAUCAAGGCGGAGUCUCUUGGCAGUGCCGAACGGCCGUUUUCUACGAGGACGCACCGGCCACGGUGAAACAUGGGGCCGGCCAAAUGCCCCGGCUCAAGCAACUCUCCCCUCGUUGGGCGACUAGUCAAGCCCCCGGACGCAUAGUUGAGAUCCAGGAGGAUUACCUCCCCGCGCCCCUAUUGCGGCCGGCAGUAUUCACCGAGUACGCAAAAGCGGUGAAGGAGUACACCAAAAGGCAUCUUACCUACCCCGACGACAUCAUCAACGCUUUCGAAGGUAUAUCAAGCAAGUUGAGUCACCAUAUGGGAGACAGUUUCUUGGCUUCUCUGCCCGAAAGCUAUUUGGAUGUGGCGUUGCUAUGGACGCCGGUCGUUCGCCAAACUCGACGCGAUUGUCGCCGUAUACAAUUCCCCAGUUGGUCUUGGGCCGGUUGGAUAGGCCAGGCAAAGUAUGACUCCAUCAACCCGGACGAGAGGGAAUGGACUGAAUCGAACAUUAAGUGGUACUUGAAAGAUGUAACGACAGCCCCUCGACUAGCAAACGAAGUUGGCAUCGGCAUCGACGAGGUCCGUCUCGGCGGCAAACUUAGCACCAACUCGCUGUUCUGGAUGCCAAUCUUUGAUUCAGUGGCGAACCAAGCCGGACAAGUCCCUACACCCGAGUGCCCCGACACGCGAGGCCCAUACCUUCAACUCUGGACCAGUUGCUCAUUCUUCACAAUCGACUGCAAGAGCUGGCGGACCCCGGAGGAAUUACAAGUGAAUUCUUCAGUAAGGAGCCCGAUCCGGGCGAAUAUUCUCUGCGCUGCGGGAAACAGCCGGCAGCUUGCGGGGCAUAUGAUCCUCAACGGCGACGGGCCGGGCGAGGUUACGAGGGAGCGGCACGAAUUCAUUGUCAUUUCCGGCGCUUAUGUCAAGGGAUUCGACCCCAUCAGCGGCAACGUGACAUAUUCGGAUGAGUCGCACAUGUACAACGUAAUGCUCGUUGAGUGGGACCCUGUGCGGCAGAUUGCAAGUCGGCUAGGUAUUGGAAGGAUAUUCAAAGAGGCCUGGGAUAUGUCCCUGCCAAUCGUUCGUUAUAUCACAAUAGGAUGAGAGUUGUCCGGCUAGCAGAUCUUUCCACAUUGC